AUGCUAGAUAACUCGUUUAAUUUCAACUUUUCAACAAUCACAUUGCAUACCUACUGCAACCCGGGAACCAAAGCCAGCAAGUAUAAAGUGGCUGAUACUCGCCCUAUUCCGUCGCCCAACAAUGAGCAGCUUGAGAAGCUGACAGUGCUAACAACUCGAGCAAAGAAUCGAGCCAAAGAGCGCAGAGAGAUAGACCAGAAGAUGGAACACAUUAUGAGAAACAAGGAAGCUAGGAUGGCAGCCUAUCAACGAUACUACCAGCCUCAUCCACUCCUGGAAUGGGACAUGAAUCGAGAAUUGGAGCGUCUCAAUCAAGAAUUGGAGCGUCUCAAUCAAGAAUUGGAGGAUCUCAAUCGACGAUUGGACAAACUACAGGCCAAAGAGGAAGAGGACGCCAUCUCGGCAGGAGAUCUGGAGCCAGAUCGGUUGAGCAUGCCGACAAUGGGAGCCAGGUCGUUGGAAUUUUGA